CAGCUCAGCCGGCCUCGCGCAUAGUUCAAUUGAAAUCGUUGAAGUGUUUGCAAGUGCAAAUCGCUCGCAAAUUUCCGCAGUGAAUUUGAAGCUAUUCUAGAAGGAUCUUUACCUGUGAAAAGUGCUUAUUCAUUGGAUUGUUGAUUGAGGUCUAGAAUCAAGAUGACGGCCCAAAAUGAAGUGGAAACCUUCGCUUUCCAGGCUGAGAUUGCUCAGCUCAUGUCCCUGAUCAUCAAUACCUUCUACUCCAACAAGGAAAUCUUCCUGCGAGAAUUGAUUUCGAACUCUUCUGAUGCUCUCGAUAAGAUCCGCUAUGAGUCCCUAACGGAUCCCUCGAAGCUGGACAGUGGCAAGGAGUUGUACAUCAAGAUCAUUCCCAACAAGGCCGCCGGCACUCUGACCAUCAUUGAUACUGGAAUCGGAAUGACCAAGGCUGAUCUGGUGAACAAUCUCGGAACCAUCGCCAAGUCCGGCACCAAGGCCUUCAUGGAGGCUCUCCAGGCUGGUGCUGACAUCAGUAUGAUUGGGCAAUUUGGUGUGGGCUUCUAUUCAGCCUACCUCGUGGCUGAUCGUGUUACUGUGACGUCCAAGCACAAUGACGAUGAGCAGUACAUUUGGGAAUCAUCAGCUGGAGGCAGUUUCACGGUCAGCCUGGAUUCCAGUGAACCUCUGGGCAGGGGCACAAAGAUUGUGCUGCACAUCAAGGAGGAUCAGACGGAAUUCCUGGAGGAGGCCAAGAUUAAGAGUAUCGUGACGAAGCACUCGCAGUUCAUUGGCUAUCCCAUCAAGUUGGUGGUGGAGAAGGAGAGGGACAAGGAGAUCAGUGAUGAUGAGGCUGAGGAGGAGAAGGAGGAUGAGGCCAAGGAGAAGAAGGAGGGUGAGGAGGCGGAGAAGGAGGAGGAGAAGAAGGAGGAUGAACCCAAGUUGGAAGAUGUUGAGGAUGAUGAAGAUGAGAAUAAGGAGGAUAAGAAGAAGAAGAAGAAGACGAUUAAGGUGAAGUACACGGAGGAUGAAGAGUUGAAUAAGACAAAGCCAAUUUGGACAAGGAAUGCCGAUGAUAUCAGUCAGGAGGAAUAUGGAGAGUUUUACAAGAGUUUGACGAAUGAUUGGGAAGAUCAUUUGGCAGUGAAACAUUUCUCCGUGGAGGGUCAAUUGGAAUUCCGGGCGUUGCUUUUUGUGCCACGUCGUGUGCCAUUUGAUCUGUUUGAGGCCAAGAAGAAGAAGAAUAAUAUAAAAUUGUACGUUAGGAGGGUGUUUAUCAUGGACAAUUGUGAAGAUCUCAUUCCGGAUUAUUUGAAUUUUAUCAAGGGAGUUGUUGAUUCUGAGGAUUUGCCAUUGAAUAUUUCGCGUGAGAUGUUGCAGCAGAAUAAGAUUUUGAAGGUGAUCCGGAAGAAUUUGGUGAAGAAGUGUCUGGAGUUGUUUGAGGAAUUGGCAGAGGAUAAAGAUGGCUACAAGAAAUUCUAUUCACAAUUCAAUAAAAAUUUGAAAUUGGGAGUUCAUGAGGAUUCACAGAACAGGAGUAAAUUGGCUGAUCUCUUGAGGUUCCAUACAUCAGCUUCGGGAGAUGAAUACUGUUCCCUGGGAGAUUAUGUGAGCAGGAUGAAGGAGAAUCAGAAGCAUAUUUAUUUCAUCACGGGCGAGAGUAAGGAACAGGUUAGCAAUUCGGCAUUUGUGGAACGUGUGAAGAAACGAGGAUUUGAAGUGGUUUACAUGACAGAGCCAAUUGAUGAGUACGUCAUUCAGCAACUGAAGGAGUAUCAAGGGAAGCAAUUGGUGUGCGUGACGAAGGAGGGUCUUGAGUUGCCGGAGGAUGAGGAGGAGAAGAAGAAGCGUGAGGAGGACAAGGCAAAAUAUGAGAAUCUCUGCAAGGUCAUGAAAUCCGUGUUGGACAAUAAAGUGGAGAAAGUUGUGGUGUCCAAUCGCCUAGUGGACUCUCCGUGCUGCAUUGUGACAUCCCAGUUCGGUUGGAGUGCCAAUAUGGAGAGGAUUAUGAAGGCUCAGACUCUCCGGGAUGCCUCGACAAUGGGCUACAUGGCAGGAAAGAAGCAUCUGGAAAUCAAUCCGGAUCACCCAAUUGUGGAGACCCUCAGACAAAAGGCAGAAGCUGACAAGAAUGAUAAGGCUGUCAAGGAUCUCGUGAUUCUGCUCUACGAGACUGCUCUCCUCUCCUCCGGAUUCACCCUGGAUGAGCCUCAAGUGCACGCCUGCCGCAUUUACAGAAUGAUCAAAUUGGGUCUGGGCAUUGAUGAGGAUGAACCAAUGGCUGAUGAACCACAGACAGCCGGAGAUGCACCGCCACUUGUCGAUGACACAGAUGAUGCCUCGCACAUGGAGGAAGUCGAUUAAAUCUCUCACCACUUUCUUCACUUAAGGCCUCUACACAUUGGGAAAAAUUUUCUUCAAAAAUUGCAUUUUUGACAGAAUUGUGACGUUUGCACCUACAGCACUGCAGCCAAUUUCCUUCAAAAAAGCAAUUUUUGACGAAAAUUGCUCCCAAUGUGUAGACACCUUUACUCUAGGGUGUUUUUUUUUUUACAAGAAUUUCCAGAAGCGUGAGCUGCGUUCUAGUGGAAUUUUUCACACGCUUCAACCUAGGUUUUUUUUUAUUAUUAUUAUAAUGUCAGUUUUUCAUUCCCGCUUCAACUUGGCAUCUCAUUUAAAUCUUAAGUCGGUAGGAUUUCGUUUGAGCACGAUGAACUGAUUAGUGCAAGACACAGAGAGAAAGAGAGAGAGAGAGAUGUUGGAUGUGGAAAAGUUGAGAAACCAAAUGAAAUUUAAAUAAAAAUAACAGAGAAAUU